AGAAAAAAAAAGUAUGGGGUUUGAAGUUUUUUUUUUAAACAAAGUCAAAAGCUCUGUUAUGCAAACUAGUUAGCGUGCUAACGUUAGCCAGCGUGCUAGUGUUAGCCAGCGUGCUAGUGUUAGCGCACUGACAUUAGCUAUUUCGUUCAGUUAGCUCCCUGACUAGCUAACUAGCAUGCAGCCGCGCCUGUUUCUUCCGACAGACAGUUUCAAAUAUUGAAGCAGCUUUGUAAAGUGGUGUUUGUCUCGGGAUGAAUCGAUAGCACAGCACAUGACUGCCUUGAGUUAUCAUAAUCGCAUCUGCCUGGCGGUGUUGAGCAAGUCUCACCCUGACGCAUGUUAGUUAACGGCGUGUCACAGAGUGACUGACAGGAGGAGACUGAAGGUCACCUUCAGCGGAGCUUCCCACAGGAGCACCGAGGAGGGGGGAUCGAAAAUAUACUUUAUUUUUUCACCAAAGUGGUGUGUGUGUCCUGAUAGCCUGCGUCACAAACGCGUUAAUUCGUUUUUAUCUGUGUUAAKUUCGCGUCAGCUGCUAAAGGCCCGGGAGUAGCCCAGCGGCUAGCGGCGAUCACCGAAACCGCGUCCGUCCUACCCGUCUAGGAUGAUCGGUUUGGCUGCUCCCGGCUCGACCGGGAAGCGGAAGCCGGUUGUAGCAGGAGUCAUGAUGCACAGUGAGUGAGAGGGAAGGUUAUAACACACCAAGAGUCGAGUAAAAACUGGGCACGGCGCAGAUACGGCCAUGGUGAACGGAGACGGCGCUCACGAUCAUGCGGAGGAGCCGGAAUCUAAGCGGAACGGGAACGCCAAYGUGGACGGCGACGAAGAGUCCAAUGAACAAGAAGUGAUAGUGAUCCAGGACACGGGCUUCACCGUGAAGAUCCAGGCGCCUGGAACRGAGCCGUUUGACCUGCAGGUGUCCCCCCAGGAGAUGGUGCAGGAGAUCCAUCAGGUGUUGAUGGACCGCGAGGACACCUGCCAUCGCACUUGCUUCUCUCUGCAGCUGGACGGGAACGUGCUGGACAACUUUGCGGAGCUCAAGUCUAUCGAGGGGCUGCAGGAGGGCUCUCUGCUCCGAGUGGUUGAAGAGCCAUACACGGUGCGUGAAGCUCGCAUUCAUGUGCGUCACAUCAGAGACCUGUUGAAAAGCCUGGACCCCUCCGACGCCUACAACGGAGUGGACUGCAACUCCCUGUCGUUCCUCAGCGUUUUCACUGAUGGAGACCUCGGAGACAGUGGUAAAAGGAAGAAGAAAGGAACAGAACUGGAACAAAUCGACUGUACCCCACCAGAACACAUCCUGCCCGGCAGCAAAGACCGCCCCCUGGUGCCCCUCCAGCCACAGAACAAGGACUGGAAGCCCAUGCAGUGCCUGAAGGUCCUGACCAUGAGUGGCUGGAACCCUCCGCCCGGGAACAGGAAGAUGCACGGCGACCUCAUGUACCUGAACAUCGUGACGGUGGAGGAGCGCCACGUCAGCAUCACCGCCUCCUCACGCGGCUUCUACCUCAACCAGUCUACAACCUACACCUUCAACCCAAAACCAGCCAACCCCAGUUUCCUGAGCCAUUCUCUGGUGGAGCUGCUGAGCCAGAUCAGCCCUGCCUUUAAGAAGAACUUCACUGCGCUACAAAAGAAAAGAGUUCAAAGACACCCGUUUGAGAGAAUCGCUACACCUUUCCAGUUGUACAGCUGGACCGCUCCGCAGGUCGAUCACGCCAUGGACUGUGUCAGGGCUGAGGACGCUUACACCUCCCGCCUGGGCUACGAGGAGCACAUACCCGGUCAGACCAGAGAUUGGAACGAGGAGCUGCAGACCACCAGAGAGCUUCCCCAGAAAAACUUACCUGAGCGACUGCUGAGGGAGAGAGCCAUUUUCAAGGUCCAUAGUGACUUUGCGGCYGCCGCCACUCGAGGAGCCAUGGCGGUAAUCGACGGGAACGUCAUGGCCAUCAACCCCGGCGAGGAAACGCGCAUGCAGAUGUUCAUCUGGAACAACAUCUUCUUCAGUCUGGGCUUCGACGUGCGGGACCACUACCGCGAGCUGGGUGGCGACGCGGCCGCCCACGCCGCGCCCACUAACGACUUGAAUGGCGUGCGGGCUUACGGGGCGGUGGACGUGGAGGGUCUCUACACCUUGGGAACUGUAGUGGUGGACUACAGGGGCUACCGGGUCACAGCCCAGUCCAUCAUCCCAGGCAUCCUGGAGAGAGAGCAGGAGCAGAGCGUCAUCUACGGAUCUAUUGACUUCGGAAAGACGGUGGUUUCUCACAGCAAGUACUUGGAGCUGCUGGAUAAGACCAGCCGGCCKCUGAAGGUUCAGUGUCACAAAGUGCUCAACGGGAAAGAGGAGGCCGUGGAGCUGUGCUCGUCCGUCGAAUGUAAAGGCAUCAUCGGAAACGACGGCAGACAUUACAUUCUGGACCUUCUUCGCACCUUCCCUCCAGACCUCAACUUCCUGCCUGUGUGCGGAGAGGAGCUGUCUGCAGACUGUCAACACCAUGGCUUCCCYCGCCAGCACCGCCAUCGCCUGGCUUGUCUUCGCCAGGAGCUCAUCGAGGCCUUUGUUGAGCACAGAUAUCUUCUUUUCAUGAAGAUGGCGGCAUUGCAGCUCAUGCAGCCAAAAGCAAACAAGGACUUGAACAAGACCGAUGUGCCGGCCAUCACCGAAAGCUCAGAGGCAGAAAACAGUUCAGACAYGACCCAAACACAGACUGCUGCCACGGACUCCUCUAACGCCACACGAGUGUCCGCAGAUGGAAAAGYCCAGACGGACAACAGUACUGACUCUGAAACGGUGAUGGAAAGUGACGACACGUCCUCGGAGCCCACGGCAAACAGGCCUGUAGACCCUGCAGCCACCCAGAACGGGGAAUGCAAAAGCCCAUUGGAGGACCCUAAAAGCCGUGAAGUGGUCCUGAAUGCCUGCAAGGCCGUGGGCUCCAUCAGCAACACGUCGUUUGAUAUUCGCUUCAACCCUGACAUCUUCUCUCCAGGAGUGCGUUUCCCAGAUGACAGCUUAGAGGACGUCCAGAAGCAGAAACAGCUUCUCAAAGACACUGCUGCCUUCCUGGUGUCGUGUCAGAUCCCAUCUCUGAUUAAAGACUGUUUAGACCACUGCUCUCUGCCUCUGGAUGGAGUCACACUAACCGAGGCCAUGCACCAGAGAGGCAUCAACGUUCGCUAUUUAGGCACCGUUCUAGAAUCAGUGGAUAAAACUCCUGCCAAAGCCCAGCUGGAGCACUUCUACAGAAUAGGAAUCACCGAGCUGAUCACCAGGUGUGCUAAACAUAUCUUCAGGACGUACCUCCAGGGUGUGGAGCUGUCGGCUCUGUCUGCAGCUGUAAGUCACUUCCUGAACUGCUUCCUGAGCUCCUUCCCCGACGCCGUCGCCCACCUGCCCGCCGACGAGCUCGUGUCGCGGCGCAAGAGCCGCAAACGUCGCAACAGGGUGCCCGGUGCCGGCGACAACACGGCGUGGGCCAGCCUGACGCCCGGCGAGCUAUGGAAGAACAUCGCCUCUGAGGCUCAGAGCUACUAUCACUUCACUCUACAGUGUGAAAGUGUCGAUCAGGUCGUGGAGAAAUACGGCCUUCAGAAAAUCACACUGCUCAGAGAAAUAUCGAUCAAAACUGGCAUCCAGAUUCUGCUAAAGGAGUACAACUUUGACAGCCGCCACAAGCCAUCCUUCACGGAGGAAGACAUCCUGAACAUCUUCCCUGUGGUGAAACACGUCAACCCCAAAGCCUCGGACGCCUUCCACUUCUUCCAGAGUGGGCAGGCCAAAGUGCAGCAAGGUUUUCUAAAGGAAGGCUGCGAACUAAUCAACGAGGCUCUGAACCUCUUCAACAACGUGUACGGAGCCAUGCACGUGGAGAUCUGUGCCUGUCUGCGCCUGCUGGCACGCCUUAAUUACAUCAUGGGAGACCACCCCGAGGCUCUCAGCAACCAGCAGAAAGCUGUUCUGAUGAGUGAGAGAGUCCUCGGCAUUGAGCACCCAAACACAAUUCAAGAAUAUAUGCACUUGGCUCUGUACUGCUUUGCCAACAGCCAGCUUUCAACCGCGCUGAAGCUGCUUUAUCGUGCUCGAUACCUCAUGUUGUUGGCUUGUGGAGAAGACCACCCAGAGAUGGCACUAAUAGAUAGUAAUAUUGGGCUUGUUCUACAUGGAGUGAUGGAGUACGAUUUAUCUCUGAGGUUUCUGGAGAACGCCUUAACCAUCAGCACAAAGUACCACGGACCCCGGUCCCUCAAAGUGGCCCUCAGCCAUCAUUUGGUUGCCAGAGUGUAUGAAAGCAAGGCCGAGUUCCGCUCUGCUCUGCAGCACGAGAAGGAGGGUUACACCAUUUACAAGAACCAGAUGGGCGAGGCUCAUGAGAAAACCAAAGAGAGCUCAGAGUAUUUGAAGUAUCUGACCCAGCAGGCCGUAGCUCUGCAGAGAACCAUGAACGAGAUUUACAAGAACGGCUCCAACGCCAGCAUCAUGCCCCUCAAGUUCACUGCUCCCAGCAUGACCAGCAUCCUGGAGCAGCUCAACAUAAUCAACGGCAUCCUCUUUAUACCUCUCAGCCAAAAGGAUCUGGAGAACCUGAAGGCCGAGGUGCAGAGGCGGCAGCUGCUGCAGGAGCUGGGGAAGAGCGAGGAGCUGGCCGAGCAGAGCCUACUCGAACUAGAAGACAAAAUCUCUGUUGAUUAAAAAAAUAACAAACAAAAGCCUCAACAAAGAAACUUGAUACUUAAAAAAGGGGAGGGGAUAGAGGCUGUGGUGCRACAGCCUGGAACCUGUGGACUUAAAAAAACAAGUAAAUCAACUCUGAAAUAAACUGGGGGAGGGUGGGAUCAGAGACUAACUGGACUGUAAGAGAAAAUGAAAACGGAGCAGGAGUUUCCUACAAGGUAGGAGCGGAACUGACAAAAAAAAAAGAAUCAGUUACAUGCAAUCUGAAUCCUCCUGGGCUCAAGAACCUGGUGUGAACAGGUUUGCCACUUACAACUCCGAUUAUUUGACAGAAGAAAAGCAGCCGAGGAAAAGAGACCAAGAACGACCAUGAUUUUAUGAACCAGAGCCUUAUCCACUCGAUCAUCUCCAAAUCAUGCUUCUUCUCCGCCCGCAGCAGUGUUAGCCCAGGACCACGUUCCACCCCACCACUGCCUAAAGAGCCUCUGAAGACCGCCUGACCCAACCUCCAGCUCUGAUCUGUCAAAGGUGCUUCGAACGCUGACGGCACCGACCCUGUCCGAGAACACGGGGGGCUUUCUUUCUACUGUGCACUAAAACCAUAAUAAAGUCAUUCAGUAUGAGCGUUUUCAAGCUUGGGCUUCAGAAUGUAAUUUCUACCUUCAUCCGUCUCUGAUGGCUCAGGAGCUGAAACGCUCCGUCACGUUUGGCCACAUCCCCGGAGGGGUCAGACAAAACAAUUAUUUGAAUUUUAUUCCUUUUUUUUCUUUUCUUUAGGUGAGUUGAUUUUUAUAAAAAUGCACAGGAGAAAAAGCUUAUUGAUCAGUUAAUUUAAGCCAUGUCUGUUGUAUAGGAAAUGUUUAGAAGAUAUAUGAAUCUAAUGGAUCUAGACAAGUACAUGAUGUGAAUAAAAGGGUGUAGUGGUCACCAAGGGGUGGAAUGUUUAUUAGGGGAAGGGGGGCGGGAUUUAAAAUACGUCCACUUUAAGCAGUACAUUUAUCCAAUUAUGAGCGCAAAAAGUGAGGGGAUUUGUGUUUGAUUAUUUAGUUGCUUUUUGGCAUUAAAUCUCCAGUUGGAAAGCUGGUUUAUUCAUAAAUGGAGUCACAUUUGUAAGGGAAAUGUGUUAAUGGGUUGCACCCACUGCUAAGGGGCUUAUUUUAUUGACUCGUGUGUUGAGCUUCAGAUGCCCCAGGUGUCAAUCAGGCGCCUGACCUGUGACCAGCAGCAUGAGGAGGUGGUGGCUGCGUAUGGUUCUUCCACAUGCUGACGCCCUUGUUUGUUCAGUGAAUAAACUGUUCAUUUGUCUUUUUUUCUUCAGAUUUUAAUCAUCCAGUCCAGUAUAAUCAGAAUAAACAUAUUUGAAGAGUGUUUUUUAAUUGCUUGCAAACCAGAAAUAUAUUUUUCCAAYAAAUGUGGCUUCAUUUAAGUGAGAAUAAACAUUCCAACAAUGAGAUUUAUUGCCCUAAAAAUUAGUACAAUAAUAAAAUAAACACAUUUCUUCGCUUUUUCUGCUAAGCGUUUAUUUAAAACUAGCUGUGUUCAGUUUUCUAUUUUUACAUUCUGACAGAAAAUGUGUGUGUGUGUCAUCAUGUAGUCUGACAAAAAAUCUGUUGCUGUUUCUGAUGCGUAGUCCGAAUCGAGUCAAAUAUUUGCUUUUUGAAUAUUUUAUACAAAUUAAAGCUGUAAAAUCAACAAUGCCUAUUUUCUUAAAACAUUCAUGGCCCACCAGUGUUAAACCUUCUGUUUUGAAGUUCGGUACUAAAAUGAACCUCUUCUUACAGCUUUGCUGGGACGUGGGAAGAGUUUUCUCACAGCUGGUUGUGUUGUUUUUGUUCUUGUUCGUUUCACGAGUAUUGGACAUUUCAAAAUGUGGCCAGCAGCGAGCGGAUGUGCUGCACUUGCUUUCUCUCGAGCUGUGCAUUCAUGUGCAUGGCAUCACCAGAAGUGGACACAAAAAUAAAUAAAACAGGGCUGUUUCAUUAUGAUGUUCUCCAAAAGAAUAGAAAAGACAAAUGUUUGUAUGUAUACAUGCAAUGUGUUACCUCUCCAAUGGUAAUUUGUUAUCAUGUGUUGAGAUGUAUGUGAUUAAAGCAAUAGAGAGAUGAUGCUGGA